AUGGAGGCUGCUAUUCUUAAACAAAAGACUCAACUUCAGUGGUUCAGGGAAGGAGAUGCCAAUACAAAAUAUUUUCAUGCUCUUAUGAGAGGAAGAAGGAGAAAGUUAUUCAUCCACCAGAUCAGCCACCAAGAUAACAUCAAUGAGGAGAUCCUUCAAUGCAUACCUAGACUGAUCACUGAUGAACAAAACCAGGCUCUAAAGGAUGAUCCUACUAUUGAAGAAGUGAAACUGGUGGUUUUUGCCAGGAAUCCUAAUUCAGCAGCAGGACCGGAUGGUACGAAUGGAAAAAUUUUCCAGGUGUGUUGGGACAUCCUCAAAGAGGACCUCUACAGAGCAAUGCUAGCCUUCUUCUGUGGUCACAAUAUGCCUAAAUACAUGACUCAUACCUGUUUGGUUCUUCUUCCAAAGGUUGAUCAUCCCAACAAACUGUCUGGAUUCAGGCCUAUAAGCUUGAGCAAUUUCUCAAAUAAGAUCAUUUCCAAGCUCCUUAGUAUCAGAAUUGCACCUAUCUUGUCAAACCGUAUUUUAGAAAAUCAGAGUGGCUUUGUAAGAGGUAGAAGCAUUUCUGAAAACAUUAUGCUGGCUCAGGAGAUCAUUCAUGGCAUCAAGAAGCCCAAGGAGGGGGAUAAUGUAGUGAUAAAGCUUGACAUGGCCAAGGCCUAUGAUAGAGUGUCCUGGGCUUAUACUUGUAUGGUCAUGAGGAAAAUGGGCUUUAGUGAAUUCUUCAUUGAUAUGAUAUGGAGGAUUAUGAGCAACAAUUGGUACUCGGUUAUUAUCAAUGGAGCCAUGCAUGGAUUUUUCCAUUCUACAAGAGGUUUGAAACAGGGUGACCCUUUGUCACUAGCCCUAUUUAUUUUAGGAGCUGAAGUGUUGUCAAGGAUGCUGAACAACAUUUAUUUGAACCAGAACUAUCAAGGUUUCCAUAUGGAACCUAGAGGCCCUCAGAUAAACCAUCUUAGCUUUGCAGAUGAUAAGUUAAUGAUUCCUGUGGACUCUCCCCAAGACAUUACUGAUAUGAUUAACGAGGAAACUGGUUUUACACAGAAGGACAGUCCCAUUAACUAUCUGGGAUGUCCUUUGUAUAUUGGAGGACAGAGAAUCAUCUAUUACUCCCAGCUGGUGGAUAAGUCCAUUCCCAUUCACACCAUGGCUGCUAUUUCCCCUCCCAAAACCACUCUUCAAUACAUAAAAAGUUUAACUGCAGAUUUCUUCUGGGGAAGGGAAAAAGAUAAGAAAAAAUAUCAUUGGGCUUCUUGGGAGAACAUCACCUUUCCUUAUGAUGAAGGUGGUCUGGAACUGGAACCUCUGGAAGAACAGGAACUUCUUAACUAUGUCCAGCAAUGCUCUCAUGAAAUAGGAGUCAGCCCUGUCAUCUGGAGCAAACCACCGGUAAACUACUGUAAAUUGAACACGGAUGGUAGUGCAUUAGUGAAUCCUGGCAUGAUAGGUGGGGGAGGCAUCCUUAGAGACCAGGCAGGGGAUGUUAUUUUUGCAUUCACAGUACCUCUUGGUACAGGCACCAAUAACCAGGCAGAAGUCCAAGCAGCUGUAUUUGGUCUUAACUGGUGCUAUCAACAUGGCUACAGGAAGGUUGUGGUAGAAGUAGACUCAGAACUACUCACUCACUGGCUAAAUCUCAAUAUUAAUCCUCCAUGGAAGAUACAACAGUAUGUUCAGGAACUACAAAACCUCAGUCAACAGAUGGAAGCAUUCCAAUGCCUCCAUACCUACAGAGAAGCCAACACCACGGCUAACUUUCUUGCCAAGUUGAGUCACCAGAAAGAUAUUCCUCAACUAUUUUACACUCUCCACCAACUACCUAUUCCGGUCAAAGGAAGCUACUUAUUGGAGAAGAUGGGUAUGAUCAAUUUCAGAAGAAGGAAGUUGAAAAGGAUUAAGAAACCACCUUGA